UUUUCUCUCAUCCAUCAUCAAAUCAAUGGAGCCAUGGCUAGACGACCUUCCCGACGACUUACAAAGCAUGAGUUUCAAUUCCACAACCACCGACACUGAAAUCAACACAAGUAUAAGUUCCGCCUCUGAAACCGCCUCUUCCUCCGCCAUCUCCUUCUUUUCCAGAACUCGCGUCAUAUCAUGCGACGAUCCCCGCUGGUGCGCGAUCAAGCAAAUCAGAUCCGAUUCCACUUCUGGUCAAUUAUCACUCUCAGAUCUCCGUUUCCUACAGCGUCUAGGUUCAGGUGACAUCGGCGCCGUCUAUCUCGCCGUAGUAAAGUCUUCCUCCUCCGCCGUCGCCGUCGAUGAAGCCGACGUGCCGUUAUUUGCGGCGAAGGUAAUGGAUAAGAAGGAACUGACGAACCGUAAUAAAGAAGGACGAGCGAGAACGGAAAGAGAAAUUCUCGAAAUGCUGGAACAUCCGUUUCUUCCGACACUUUACGCAGCAUUGGAAUCUCCGAAUUGGUCGUGUUUAUUGACGGAAUUUUGUCCCGGCGGCGACCUCCAUGUUCUUCGGCAACGACAGCCUUGCCGUCGGUUUCAUGAAUUUGCCGCCAGGUUUUACGCAUCAGAGGUAGUGGUAGCUCUUGAAUACGUCCACAUGAUGGGAAUCAUCUACCGUGAUCUAAAACCCGAAAACGUUUUAGUUAGAUCAGACGGUCACAUCAUGUUAACCGACUUCGAUCUCUCCUUAAAAUGCAACGAUUCUUCUCCUUCCACGCCUCAAAUCACCGACCCAACACGCACCAAACAGUACCCUUCUGAACCCACAUCCCAUUUCACAUCCAAAUCAUGCAUCAUUCCCAAUUGCAUAGUCCCCGCCGUCUCCUGCUUCAACCCUAAACGCCGCCGCAAUAAGAACAAGAACAACACCCAACAACGUUUCAACCCGGAGUUCAUAACCGAACCACUCAACGCCCGCUCUAUGUCGUUCGUCGGGACCCACGAGUACUUAGCACCGGAAAUCGUCUCCGGCGAGGGACACGGUGCCGGAGUUGAUUGGUGGACGUUGGGGAUUUUCAUAUUCGAGCUUUUGUAUGGAACUACUCCGUUUAGGGGCCCGGAUAAUGAGAUGACGCUGGCUAACAUUGUGGCACGUGCUCUUGAAUUUCCUAAAGAGACGACAGUGCCGGCGGCUGCUAAGGAUUUGGUGACGCAGUUAUUAGUGAAGGAUCCGGCGAAGAGAUUAGGGUCAGUGAUGGGGGCGUUGGAGAUAAAACAACAUCCGUUCUUUCAAGGUGUGAAUUGGGCACUUUUGAGAUGCACUACACCGCCUAUUGUUCCGGUAGCUUAUAGACGGUCCGAUGUUGGGUCGGAGGAGAGUUGCCCGCCGAGUCCAGUGGAGUAUUAUUAAGUUUUUUUUAUAUAUAUAUGUUAGCAUGUAAUCUACAUUAGAAAGCAGUUCAAACAUGAAAUUUGUAUGUAGUAUAGAAUCUCAUUAGUGUCAUUUUGCAAUUUAAUAGU